GGAAGGUGAAAAGAAAAUGGAUUUCUUGCGCAAAGUUCAAGAUAUCAGUAGCGCAGAACAGGAUGGCUCCUGGCAACCAGAACCAGCAGGAGUCAUAUACCAGAUGAAAUUGAAAGGGACAGGAAGAGAUGAGGAUUGGGUGAUAUGUCAGCAAGUAGGAAGUACAGACACGGCUGAAGAAAACAUAAUGCGAAAACGUAAACUACUUCCAGUGGGGGCUGUUGCUGCCCGUCUGACAGGUAAAAAAGAGGAACUCAGAGGAACGGCUUUCUGCUUCUUACCGCUUCCCAUUGCAACGGGACUUCCAGUUCACGUACACGGAUACUUCGCCUUAGACCAUGAGAGUAGAAGACACUUGUGGGUAGGUAGCAAAACAGAUGAACAAACAAAGUGGAAUUUUCACGUCAUCCAGAAUGUUAUUGCACCGGCUUAUGUAAAUUUGCUGUUGUGGAUAAAGAAAUUCUUUGUCAGGGAAUAUGAAUGGUCAGGAUCGAUGUCAUGUGAACAGAAAGCUCUCACUUUGAAACUCCUUCAGAAAUACCACACUUUCUUUCCUAACAACAGUGACAAAGGGCCGUACUGGAAAGCGCUUGAAGCCACCGUAUACGAAGUUGUUGCCUCGAAAGCCCUGAUGCUAUUUCCUUCUCUAUACAGAAGAGAUGAUGGCAAUAGCGACUUUUUCCUAACAUGGAAGACCCCUGUCGUGCACAUGCAGUCUCCAGACGAAUCAAAGGUGGGAUAUUUCAACACACUGCCAAACCACAUGAGUGACAACUUCAGAUUACUUAGCUACUUGAAGGCUGAGAAUCAAGAAAAUGUGAAAAAACUGAAGGAGACACUGAUUGAAAUCACAUUUCCAUUACUAGAGUCUCCAACAUGGGUAAUGCACUGUCUCCGAAAUGCAUGCAAGCAUCUCAAUCAGGAAGGCAUGACCCAUGAAUCAGUAAACUAUGAAGUUCUUGAAGUUUUAUCUUCAAAUGUGGUGUCUUUCCUUCGCGGAGACAACCCCCUUCAGAGGCAAUUACCAAUGUCACUUUCAAAAUCAAGGAUCCACGACGAGGGGAGACUGAAGGGACUCAUUAAUUACUGCAAGAAGGGAACACAAUCUAACUUCAAUAAGAAUCUUCACGGACUACCAUUGCUCUUCACUCAGGAUGGGAACUUGCGGAAGUUAUCACGUGAUGAGCGAGUCUUUGCAUCAGAAUUCUACGAUCUUUUCUUGCCUCAGAGUCAUAGGUUUCUACAUAUCAACUUUCUAGACACUCUACCACGAAAUGCCGAUGUCUUUUGUAAGCUUGAUGUGAGAGCAGUUUCUGCGCUUCUUGAUGAUUGCCACCCUUAUCUCGAGUGUGCUUCAGAUGAAAUAAUAACGCUCCAGAACAACCUUUCAUCUGAAUGGUUUGAACGUUUGUGGAGUCUUCUUGGAUCCUUAUGCACAGAGACGAAAAGGUUGACUGAGGUUGCCUGCGAUAUCAGAGGUGAACUUGGCCGUUGGGCGAUAUUACCUGUCACAGAAGCAAAAAGAUGUCGGCAGGAAACUAAGCUAGCGGCACCUAUCAGUUUAUCCUCUACAAUAAUAGUCCAACCAACCGAGUCGGAAAAGAGAUGUUGGCCAAUAUACUCCGCACUUGAAUCACUAAACGUCUACAAGGUCGAAGAAUCCAUUCUUAACGAAGACAAUAGCUUAAUACAGCAUCUCGUCACGCACAAGGGCGAUAUCACGAGGGUCUUAGAUGUUUUGAUGUACUGGGCUGAUAGAGACCUCGAGAGAUUUGGAAACCUCAAAGUUGAUCAGCAUGAAGAAAUCCUGAGAUUCUUCAGUAAAUGUGAGAGCCAAGCUGAUCUCAAGAGGUUGAAGAGCCUGCCUUGCUUCAAAUCGAUUGCAGGUGACUUUGUCAGUAUCAGAGAAUUCGACACAGUUCUUGUCCUCCCAAGUAAGAUUCCAAAAAAGGAACAAGGUAAAUGGGUUAGUACCACUGGCGCUAUAUUCCUACAGUACAACAAAGCUCUUAAAUCUCUAUACAUGAAGCUAGGAUUGACGGAUACAACAGAGAUUGACGUGUAUGUACAGUACAUUCUGCCGAUCUUUGACCAACUCAGCGAGGACAGCCGUCUUGAACAUCUUGUGCGGAUCAAACAACUACUACAAGAGCUACCUAUUCAUAACACAGAGAGGUCCUUUAGUGAAACUAGGAAGGAAGCUAUUCGGAGAUUAAGAUUACGUCACCUGCGUUUCAUAACCGGUGAAAAUGGGGAAUUGCUGAAGGCCAAGGACUUCUAUGACCCACAUGUCGAGCUAUUUUAUCGAAUGUUGAACAAGGUCCAGUCUCCACCAAAGCGCGUCAUAGAUUGUUUAGGCCUUGCUUUCCUUCGAGAAAUAGGACUACAAGUUGUCAUUACUGGAGAAUUAUUCCUCUCCUUUGCCCAGCAGGUGCAGGGAUCACACUCUGACCUCGAAGAGAUGAAACAGAAGUCACUUGCCCUUGUAUCUGAAUUGAGAAGGAGAUGUGAUCUUCACAGAGACUCUUCUUUCCUACAGCGAGUCGGUAUGGUUGACUUUCUUGUGAGUGAUGGGAUCAGCCAAGAGAUGAAAUAUAUUCAUCCACCCUUCAUGAAGAAAGGAACUCUCAUGAGGUAUUCUGGAUCAAGUUCUUUCGAACACAUACGACUGUUAUGGUCAACCAACAGCGUCCUGCCAAAAUAUACAACUUCUGGGAAAUGCUUCUCUUGUGGAAUACCUUUCGAUGAGAAAAUGGGCGUCGCACAGAAACCUAAAUUUAUGAGUGUUAUCCAGCAUUUGCGGAAUAUAUGUAACAGACUCCAACAGAAGAAUGACAAGAAGGUAUCUUUCCCUGCAUGUCUAGCUAGUGUACUACAGGAAAUAUUGACAUUCGUUUCCUCCAAGUGCGCAGGACAAAACUGCUCUCAUAAAGACCCCUGUGAAAGGUGCUAUAUCAUCAGAGAUGAGUUGCGAAACGUUCCUAUCGUCUUUUUGGAGCUCGAGGAUAAGCAUCGCUUAGUCAAAGCAGAUCAGAUCUCACGUACGAUGGAAGGAAAUCUAGAGCCUUUUCUCUACCAGCUGCCAGACAAGUGGGUUCCUUUCUUCAAGGUAUUUCGAAUUCUUGGCGGAACAGUGAAACCUUCCAUAGGUCAAUAUGCUUUUGUUCUUGAAAGCCUCUACGAAAGGGGACAGAGUGCAUGGUCAAACCCAAAUGUAGUAAACAUGGUAGACAGGGCCACGUGUGGCCUUUAUGAAGAGUUAAUGAAGACCAAUCCUGCACAGAUAGCUGCUGCUUUUGUUCCCGGACACUCACUGUAUCUACCCUCAUGUCAGCAAAGCUUGGAACGAUCAGAUCGCCUUCUAGUAAAUGAUGUCGAACACUAUAGAAAUCGACUUCUUAGAUCUAAUCUCCCACUCGUCAAGAUCUUUCAAAGUCACGAACGAAUCGCGCGAGAAGCUAUCUCCUUGCUUCCUGAAAGUAUGAAACCGAAAGCAGUAAGCACAGAGGUGAAAGAAAUGUUGAGCAAGACUGGUCACGAUUUGCAAAAGUGUUUCUUGACUGGAAACGAUCCAUGUGAGUUUGAAAGAAGACUUCAAAUCCUGCAUUCUAAGGAGUUUCUUAGUGCGCUUUGCGCCAUCCUGAGGCACAACAGGCGGGAAGAAGUUGCCGAGGAGACCAGGAAACAGUUUAGAGAUCGCCUAAAUGGACUCAAGAUUACAUGUAUGCAGCAGUUACAUUCAAUCCUGCAAAUCAAUGGUCAAUACAUAGAAGGUAGUGAAACCGAAGUACCUUCCUUCAUCAACAGUGGUAAUGAGCUGUUUGUUCAGCAUAGUGAAGGAAAAAAUAUAAUGGAAACACUAUUAAGUGUUGCAAUCCAUGUCGACCAAGUCCUUGGUAAUGAGUUUGAGGAUAGAUAUAAUAUGGCUAUCCUGCUAUCUCAAGAAUCUCCAGCUACUAUCCCGAAAGCACUAGCAAAGUUCGGCAUUGCCGCAGAAAAAAUGGAAGAUGACACAAGUUUCAUGUUGCCUAAACCUGGAAGUACUAUUCCAGAACAACUCUACCACCUCAUAGAACAGAACCCCUGGACGUCUUUCAGCACAGGCGAUUAUGUAGGGUACGCACAAACCGAUGAAGACGGUGACUACCACAUAUACGCAGUAGUGAUCAAGAGGAUACGCAAUGAGUCGCUCAAGUCAGUUUAUCUCAUCGACAUUGGAAAGGACAGCCCGAUAGAAGCCAAUGUGUUGGACAUGCACAAAAUUCACAUCCCGAAGUCCACAUCAGGUAUGGAGCUUGUUCCAUCUGAUAAAGUAAACUCAGAUGAUGCUGAACCGUGUCUUUCUGGUCAUCGGGAAUCAUCUCUUCCGACUGAUGUUGAAGAAGCAAAGCGACAGGUGACUACAGAAUUGGAGGAAAUCUGGCAGCUUCCAGAGGAGCAGAAAAGGAAGGCUCUCCGCCGAUUGAUGCUAAAAUGGCAUCCAGACAAGCAUCCAGAAGGUCCGAAGGAACUGUUUGACGAAGCAUUCAAACAUCUCCAGAUUGAACUUCAAAGACUAGAAAAGGGUCUUUCAAAAACAACUUCAUCGUAUGAAGACCUUUUCAAAUCAGCUGAGCAGAGAGCAAGGGAAGACCGACGACGGUAUACUCACUUCGGAGGAUUUGCAUCAGGAUUUUGGGCAGGAGCUGGUUCUGGUUUUGGAGGAGGAAGGGGUAGAGGAGGUUCUAGAUCAGGUUACUGGAAGAGCUUCUUCACUGAGGCUUCGAGAUCACCAGAUAUCCGCAAUGCUCGCCGUUGGCUACGCCAGGGACAAGAAGAUCUCCGCGCUGCCAAACACGAUCUUAACCCACACGAUGAGCCGUCACUAGAGUGGGUGGCAUACAAGUGCCACCAGAGUGUAGAAAAGGCCCUCAAAGCUGCUCAACUUGCCAUCAGAGGAUGUUACAGUUGUACCCAUAGCAUUGAUGGUCUAGCCCGUGACGUUAGUGAACACUUAAACUCAUCAGAACUUCGCCAGAACGUAUGCCAGCUCAGCUCUCUCGUGGAUGAUCAACGGGCUCGGUACCCGGAUAGGUGCGCCUCCUCACAGAUUCCUCACGAGGUCUUUAAAGAUCGAGUAAAAUGUGAAGAAAUGAUCCAGCUCACCCGUAAGAUUCUUGCAGAGGUUCAAUCAUCAUUGGUUCCGUCCAGAUCAUGAACACUAGGUUCGAAGUACACGUAUCUAGAUUAUACACAACUAUCAUUUUCGUUUCCACUGCUUUCACAUACACGACGUACAUGCAUAGUGAAAUCGAAGCAAGACGUGAGUGUCCAUAUUCUUCUAGUGACUCUUGCGAGAAGAUUUGUACUUAUGAAAGCGGUAACAGUAUUUGUAAUCGCGCUAAAAUAACCAGUUUGUACUUAGCCCAUGAUACACCUGACCCCAAAUAUCCACAGAUCUUUUACACAUGGGGCUCUCCCACUUUGUGCACUUUAGAAUUAUCCCUGCCAAAGUCAUGGAUGUACAUCUCUCAGCCCUCUUGAGAAGAAUGCUUCCACCUGUGUUCCUUAGAACUGUCGGGGCAUACAUGAAUAAUGAUGACAUAACUUUCAUGAGCACGUAUCCAAUAUUCGUCUGACCAUCAUCUGUCUUUGCGCAGAUUAUAUUCACGAAUUUGCUUAUUAUUAUCACUUUUGACUCAAAACCAUACAAAUAGUAAAUUCGGUUGAUUUAUGAAUUGAUUACUGAUGCUAUCAGGCCCUUUUUUUCCUCUCACUCUGGUCGCCAUAUUUCGAUCACUAUAAUGAUACAUUAUAAUGUAUCAUUCAAACGAAGUACUUUAAUUCGUAUGCAUUGAAGUUUGAUUUACAGGGCGAUCCAACCCUUGUGAUAACUUCAUUUGUAUAAAAAAAAAAAAAAAAUAAGAGAAACAGAAUGGCGAAAGUUUGAAAUAAAUGAUUAGCAGUUUGGUGACAAUUGUGAUUAUGACGUAGUUGCGGAUGACUCUCCCGUUUGUCGCGUACAAAAAUUCCAUUAAUUCCUGUUUUUCUCCUAAUUGCCUUCUCCCUUGGGGCACUACUCAAAAAUAUUAUGGAUAACAUCUAAUCAAGAAUAGACCCAUCUGAGUCAUACAUUAUUUUUUUUAAUUGAAAUUUUGAUCAUUUUGUGUUGGAACAAAUGGGAAAUUUAUCCCACACUACAUCACAGAGACAUUACCGAUAACUUUACCUGCUAGACAUUUUGAUUGACGCAGCGGAUGCAUAUUGUAAUGUCAUUACAAAUAAACAUUGAACGUGCAACGUAAAUAGUCUUGUUAUGUCAUCCGUACGGAAUCGACUUGUUGCAAAAGAUGGAAAUACUAUUUCCCUCAAAAUAAAUGUUGUAUUCUAUUUUCCGACAGUCAGAUGGCACUCUUUUUUAGACGGGUAUUUAACUGAUGUUAUGUGAAAUGUUUAUACUGGUGUAAUUAAGUAUAGUGUAAAAAAAA